AUAACUAUUUGAUGGUUACAAAAUACAAAAGUUACUUGUCCGUAACACUUCUCAAUUAAAAUUCUAUCCCAAUAGCCACCAUUGCCACGUAUUAAUUUUCUUAUUUAUACCCAUCAAGCUGCUUCUCUUACUCCCUUUUCUUCCCCUUCUCUUCCCACCACCCCUUCUUAGCUUCUUUCCCUCUCUCCGGCUAUAUGGACCCCAAAUCUUGCGGCGUUAUGUCAGCACCGUCGUUAUUAUCCGGCGACUACUGUGACUUCCGCCGUGCUCCGACGGAGCUCGAUCUGGAAGUCGAAGAAUUCAUGAAGACUUGGAUGGCGGAGGCACCGAACGAGGAACACGCCGACGGAUGUGGUGGUGACUACAUUUUCGACCUGUACUAGUGGAGUGACAGAUAAUAAUAACAAUAUUAAUUAUAAUAAUAGUACUCAACAACAGCAGCAGCAGCUUGUGUGCUCUCAGAACCUGACUCGCAACCAUUCAACUAUUGAUUCUCAAUCAUCCAUUUGUGGUACAGCUACUGUUGGAAGCCCAGUGUCUGCUAAUAAACCAAACGGCGGCAGAGGAAGCGAAGGCAAAGGAGGGACCACGUGCGGUUCCUCAUCACGUGAGGCGUCCGAUGAGGAUGAUGAGGCAGGUCCAUGUGAAGAAAGCACAAACCCUAUUGAUAUGAAGCGCCUCAGAAGGAAGGUUUCUAAUCGCGAGUCUGCUAGGAGGUCUAGAAGAAGGAAGCAAGCUUAUUUGACUGACCUUGAGUCUCAGGUUGAACAGCUGAGGCUGGAAAAUGCAACCCUGUACAAACAGCUUACAGAUGCUAGCCAACAUUUUCGUGAUGCUGAUACAAAUAACCGAGUUCUUAAAUCAGAUGUUGAAGCUCUGAGAGCUAAGGUGAAAUUAGCGGAGGACAUGGUUGCUCGAAGCUCUUUCACUAAUCUGAACAACCAGCUAAUCCAGAAUCAGCGGGGUCAGAUGAACACCAACAAUAAUAAUUUGCGGCGCGUGGCACAUGUUUCGCCAACGAUUACUGUCCAUGGAAAUGACUCCUCAUAUGGAAGCUGCAUCACUAGUGUUGAUGGACAAAACUCAGCCCAUCUUGGAGGACUUGCCAGAAACUUGGACAUAACUAAUAAUAAUAAUAAUAAUAACAACUAUAGUGAUUAUAAUGCAGUCAUAAGCGAUGCUGUAAGCUCUGUCACUAACUUAUGGCCAUGAUGAGUUUGUGCUUAAUAAAUGUUUCUAGACAAAAGUAUAGAUAUACUAGAACCGUAGAACCAGGGGGAUGGAAACAAUAUAAAAAGUUGUGUUUGUCCCUCUUAUUUCCAGCUUUAAGACCAGAAUAUUUUACUUUUACCUAUAUAUAUAUGAGUUUAAUUUUGAUGCAUCGAUAGUAUAAAAUAUUUUACACAGUCGUGCGUGUAAUUUUUCAAUUAGUUUUGUGUUGAGAUAAUUAAUUAGCAAAUAGAACUUUAAGAGUUUCGACCAUCCAUACUCUCUUGUAGUAAUGAAACUAGUUACAUCCAAAUUAAUGUUUGCCUUUGU